AUGGAACAGAUUGGACAAAGUGGAAACAAGCGAGAUGUCGAAGGUUCAAGUCCCGUAGGGAAAAAAGUGUUUGUUUCAGUUUCAAAUAGGAAAAAAAAAAUACACUUCCUUCUUUUAAUCUUCUUGGCAUUGUUAGCAGCUGCCAUAAUAGGCUCUGAGGCAACCAUUGUCGGUAGCUUUAAUUACGGUGAUGCCCUUGACAAAAGCUUGAUGUUUUUUGAGGCUCAAAGGUCCGGCAAACUACCUGUAAAUCAAAGAGUAAAAUGGCGCGGCAAUUCUGGACUUAGAGAUGGCUUCCUUCAAGGAGUGGACUUGGUGGGAGGGUAUUAUGAUGCAGGGGAUCAUGUGAAGUUUGGGCUGCCAAUGGCAUUUACAGUGACAAUGCUUUCAUGGGGAGCAGUUGAGUACAGGAAAGAGAUUGUGAGUCAGAACCAGAUGGGACACACUUUGGGUGCCAUCAAAUGGGGAACUGAUUACUUCAUCAAAGCACAUACUCAGCCUAAUGUUCUAUGGGGACAGGUAGGGGAUGGAGAAUCCGAUCAUUAUUGUUGGGAGCGAGCCGAGGACAUGACAACUCCCAGGACUGCCUACAAAAUUGAUCCAAAUAACCCCGGCUCCGAUCUUGCCGGCGAAACUGCAGCCGCCAUGGCUGCAGCUUCUCUAGCAUUCAGGCCUUACAACUCUUCCUACUCUGAUCUUCUCUUAGUGCAUGCAAAACAGCUUUUCUCAUUUGCUGAUAGAUUUAGAGGCUUGUAUGAUGAAUCCAUAGACUGUGCUAAGGAGUUCUAUACUUCGUCUGGUUAUUCGGAUGAGCUGCUGUGGGCUGCUACAUGGCUCUUCCGAGCAACCAAAGACGAGUACUAUCUGAGAUAUGUCGCGGAGAACGCUGUCUCUAUGGGUGGAACUGGAUGGGCAGUCAGAGAAUUUUCCUGGGACAACAAAUAUGCUGGAGUACAAAUUCUUCUUUCUAAGGUUUUGUUGGAGAGACAUGGUGGAGCAUACACUUCAACACUGCAGCAAUAUCAUGCCAAAGCAGAUUUUUUUGCUUGUGCUUGUAUGCAAAAGAAUGAUGGCUACAAUGUCCCCAUGACUCCUGGGGGCUUACUGUACUUGCAUGAAUGGAACAACAUGCAAUAUGCUUCCUCUGCUGCAUUUCUUCUUGCUGUCUACUCCGGUUAUCUCUCCGAGGCAAAUGCUGUGCUCAGAUGUCCGGAUGCCCAAAUUCAACCUCAUGAGCUAUUCAAUUUUGCUAAGUCACAGGCUGAUUAUUUUCUGGGCAAGAACCCCAAGUCCAUAAGCUACUUGGUUGGUUAUGGGCAACACUAUCCUCUUCAUGUUCACCAUAGAGGUGCUUCCAUUGCCCCCAUAUCCGUUCUCCGGGCAUCAGUUGGUUGUGUGGAAGGAUUCGAGACAUGGUAUCAUCGCACUGAGGGAAAUCCUAAUGUCAUUUAUGGAGCCCUGGUGGGAGGUCCCAACAAGAAUGAUGAGUUCUCCGAUGAUCGUUCCAAUUACGAAGAAACCGAGCCUACACUUACUGCCUGUGCUCCUCUGGUAGGCCUCUUCUCUAAGUUGCAGAGUGUGUAUCAUCAAAAUUCACCAAUGCCACUUCAAACAACACCAAGUGAGUAUCAGAAAACCUCGAUGCAUUCUGAAAAAGACAAAACCAAAUUUGUUGCAGCUGUCCCAGUUGAAUUCCUUCACUCAAUUUCAUCUUCAUGGAGUAUUGGAAGAACAACUUAUUACCGGCACAAGGUGAUAAUCAAGAAUGUUUCUCAGAAACCAAUCACCAAUCUGAAGUUGAGAGUUGAAAACCUCACAGGGUCUCUAUAUGGUCUCUCCCCAACUCAAGAAAAGGGCACCUAUGAGCUUCCUCAAUGGCUAAAGGUCUUGAACCCCGGUUCAGAUUGCAGUUUUGUUUAUGUACAAGGGGGUCCCCAAGCCAAAGUACUGGUUCAAAGCUACCAUUAGCCGCCCACGAGGAUUUAGAUUGAAAUUUGCUCUGAUAAAUUUCCACGGACGGAUUUGGAUUGGUUAUUCU